AUGUCUUCCAGAGCCAGAAAGCGCGAACCAGACGCUGAGAGUGAUUCUAUCGACGACCCUCGGUCAUCAAAAAGGACGAGGGGCAAUGUCUCGAAGGGAAACCCAGACCCUAAUCAUACCGAUUUACUCGCUGGCCAAGGAAAGCUUGACUCGAAUGGAGAUCUUUACUGGGAAAUCUCCAAAGCACGCCGUCUGACCAUCUCAUCUUUCCGUGGGAAGACCCUGGUCAGUAUAAGGGAAUACUAUGAGAAGGAUGGCCACGAGCUGCCUGGGAAGAAGGGAAUCUCUUUACCAAUUGAUCAGUUUUCCUCUCUUGUGAGAUUAUUACCUCAUAUUGAAACCACUCUUCAGAAUAAAGGCGAAUCAAUCCCCCGACCACAGUAUGAUAGCGAUAGUAAAUUGACCAGUGAGAACAAAGAGUGCGGUGAUGGCUCUGAUGAUUAUUCGGAUGACAAGGAUACGCGCCGGAAUAUCGAAGCGACGAGUGAGGACGACAGCGAUGAGUAG